UUAAAAUUUCACAAUAGCAGAAGUAAUAUUUGAUGCUUUAGAAAAAAGGAACAUGAACAGAGACUGAAAGAAGAACUUAUAUUUUUACAAAAAAAUUCUCCACCCCCACUUCUGACGAAGGGAAGCAAGAUCACAGUGUUGAUGACGUGUGUGUGGUUUCAGUUGAAACUAACAAACCACAGAAAUUCCUUUUCAGUCAACAAUCUCUUUUCUGUUCACACAUUUACUUUUCAGAGAAGGCAUUAAAGGGUUUGAAUCCGGUGGCGGAGAGACAAGAAAUUCAUCAUUAUGCACUCGUCCUUCAGUUCAGAGUGAAACGUAACUCAACCGUAGAGCAUUGAGAAGCCGGUGUUUCUGAGACUACAAGAAGGUCCACUAUACAAAUGAGAAAAAGGACCAGGAAGAAGUCAUAAUGGUUCUAUGGUGUCUCUAUGUCAUCCUGCUCCUCCCCCUACUAACCUGCUCCAGCCAACCACAGUCCUAUCUACAGUGUGUCAAUGACUUCAUCAGUAACAUCACAUGUGUGUUGAACAACACAUGCAUACCCCCAGACAUGCCGUGCACUCUGCAUGGUGAAUACCCCGGGUUUAAAAGGCAAUGUGAGAUGAAGUCCUUGGCCGGUUUCAACACAACCUUGAGAGGCGGCAGUCUGGUCUUUGAGGGCAAUCCAUUCUUUUGGGAAGAGGAUGAAAUAUCCAUUGUUGUACGGUGUGGACAAGCAGAAGAUUAUGUGAUACAGAUUGAAUACCUGUAUCAACCAUUUAACCACAUUAAAAUGCAUCCCCCUGGCAAGCCGACCGUCAUCAAUGCCUCAAUUGCCUGGACACCAGGAGCUCCCAUUUCAAAAAAGAUAGUCAACUAUGACUUCCAACUACAGUGGAAACAGGAACUACAUCACUGGGAGGAUGCUGUGGAGGUGAACAUAUCAAACAAACAGACAUAUUUUGACCUGGACCCUGAGAUGCUGGAGAGAGGAAGGAGGUACCAGGUCAGAGUCCGGGUUCGAGCCGACCCAGACAGUUACCCACACUGUCAGUGGAGCGACUGGAGCCCCAGUGCAUCAUGGGUCUCCACUCUGGGCCAGAUGAAGCCAACAGGUAGUCCUGAUGUUCUAGACCAGGACUUUGUGGUGUUCACCAUGGUGGGAGCUGUUGUUGUACUGGUCCUGCUGGUCUCCAUGUUGAUCUGCAAAGGAAAGGUCAAGAAGAUUCUGAAUCCUCCUAUACCAGAUCCCUCCAGGUACUUUGAGGGCCUCAACCUCCAUCACGAUGGAAACUUCAAGGCUUGGCUCGGUCCUUUGUUCGCCUUUGAAGCCGUCGACUCUGCCUUGCACCGUGAAGACAUCUCCCAGGUAGAGAUUACCAACAACAUUGGCACCAUCGCCCCCCUGAGGAGGGAGACCGGUACUGCACUACUACUGAAGAAGAGAUUGGACAACAGUGGCCGCUCCGGCUUCAGCAACUUCUUAUCUCAAUGCUCCCAGCCUGGAUCCACAUCCACCAAGUUGGAACCCUGCUCUGUACACUCCCCUUACGGACCAGUAGGUGGCACUACUGAAGAGAUAGAUGAGUGGAAGGAGGAGAACAGAGGAGAUAGGAUGGAUAGUAAUAGAGGUGUAGGGGGGAAGGACGAAGAUAUCAGGGGUGGAGGGAAGGAGGGAGAGAUGGGGGGUGGAGGGAAGGAGAGAGAGAUGUUGGGUGGAGGGAAGGAUGGAGAGAUGGAGGUUGGAGGGAAGGAGGGAGAGAUGUGUGGUGAAGGGAAGGAUAGAGAGAUGUUGGGUGGAGGGAAGGAGGGAGAUAUCAGGGGUGGAGGGAAGGAGAAAGAGAUGUUGGGUGGAGGGAAGGAUGGAGAGAUGGGGGUUGGAGGGAAGGAGGGAGAGAUGUAUGGUGAAGGGAAGGAUAGAGAGAUGUAUGGUAGAAGUAUAUUUGGAGGCAUCAGUGGAGGUAAAGAUAUCGUCCAGGUUUCUUCUUACGAGCGUGUUGAGAAGCUCCAGGCCGAGCGUCGGGCCCUCAUAAGCCCAGAUUCAGGCAUCGGCAGUGGGGCAGAGGAUCAGGAAAGUCAGGAGAGCGUGGAGGAUGCGGUCGGGCCUAUUGCAUCCACCCCCCAUUUUGUCUCUCAGGACUUCCAUCUUGUUCCGCUUCUUCCUCUUAUCAAUAACAAUAACUUUACAUUCUGCUCCACCCCCUUACCCAUUUCCCUGUCCGCUUUCCCCCAGCUUCCCUUCACCCUACCUGGGUUGGAUAGUGUAGGGGGAAAGGGUACGGAGAUGGGGGUUGGAGGAGGUUCUCUCACAAUGUCUUCCUCCUAUGAACGUGUGGAUAAUCUGCAGCUCCAGGCCCAACUCUUGGCCCCUCAGAGCCCAGAUUCAGGCAUUGGCAGUGGGGGAGAGGAUCAGGAAAGCCAGGAGAGUGUGGAGGAUGAGGUCAGGCUAACUGUGACCCCCUGUAACCAUAUCCCUCUUAUUACCACUAACAAUAUAUUUCCAUUCUGUUCCACCCCCUUACCAAUCCCGCUGGAUGUUUUACCCCAACUACCCCUCACCUUCUCUGGGUUUGGGACGGUUCCAUCCCUGGGACCCAGUACUAGUACCAGUCAUCAAGGCAGGCUGUUGGAGAUGUCUCUCCUGUCUUCUUCAAUGGCAAUAGAGCCCUCUAGUGGCGGCUACAUGCCAGUGAAAGAAGCUCAGAACUGAACUAUGAAAACAUUUGACUAGGGAGGGACUAAUGAUUUAUAUAUACACUAGAUGACUGACAGGCUGUUUUAAAGCCAACACUCCUCCAUCUGGGCACUCCCCCUCCAUUGUAAAUAAUACUAUGGAAGCUAUAGAAAUGCAUUUAUUAAUGUCUACAUUUGUUUUUACCACAUUUAUUCUAUUACAGACACACUUUUUAAAGAACUAAUGUAACUGUCCCCACUACAACAACAAAAAAAAGACUUACAAAUACGUCAUUUGGUCAUUGAAACAUUUCAAUGACAUACUGUAGAAUUCCAUCCAUUCCAAUAGAGCUCCACAGUGGAGGUGCCAUAAUACCCAUAAAACAUUUAAUUGGGCUGCAAUUUCUGAGGUGGUAACUGUAAUGAACUUGUCCUCUGCAGCAGAGGUAACUCUGGGUCUUCCUUUCCUGUGGCGGUCCUCAUGAGAGCCAGUUUCAUCAUAGCGCUUGAUGGUUUUUUGCGACUGCACUUGAAGAAACUUUCAAAGUUAUUGACAUUUUCGGAUUGACUGACCUUCAUGUCUUAAAUUAAUGAUGGACUGUCGUUCGCUUUGCUUAUUUGAGCUGUUCUUGACAUAAUAUGGACUUGGUCUUUUACCAAAUAGGGCUAUCUUCUGUACACCACCCUACCUUGUCACAACACAAUUGAUUGGCUCAAAUGCAUUAAGAAGGGAAAUAAAUUACACAAAUUAACUUUUAAAAAGGCACACCUGUUAAUUGAAAUUCAUUCCAGGUGACUACCUCAUGAAGCUGGUUGAGAGAAUGCCAAGAGUGUGCAAAGCUGUCAAGGCAAAGGGUAGCUACUUUGAAGAAUCUCAAAUAUAAAAAUAUACUUUAAUUCCAUGUGUUAUUUCAUAGUGUUGGUGUCUUCACUAUUAUUCUACAAAGUAGAAAAGAGUAAAAACAAAGAAAAACCCUUGAAUGAGCAGGUGUGUCCAAACUUUUGACUGGUACUGAAUAUUCGGCUCUAUUUACUCUCCGAUUCGAAAAUACUCAUUCGCAUCAACAUAGACAUCAUGCAAGUCCUGCACAUCAUCUCUGGUGUCAUCACUGACACCUUUUGCUAACAGGUAUUGUGUCAAUUUAAAACUUGCACAAGACAGUUUCCAGAAUUGUACAUGUAAAAAGAUUCUGCCAAUUCAUUUCAUUACUCCAUUUAGCUAACAUUAUACACUUAAUCCAGAGAUUUGGGGCAGCAGGUAGUCUAGUGGUUAGAGCGUUGGGCCAGUAAGCAAAAUGCUGCUGGUUUGAAUCCCCGAGCUGACAGGGUAAAAAAUCUGUCAUUCUGCCCCUGAACAAGGCAGUUAACCCUCUGUUCCCCGGUAGGCCGUCAUUGUCAAUAAGAAUUUGUUCUUAACCGACUUGCUUAGUUAAAUAAAGGUUACAUUUAAAAACACUUUUUUAAAUGAUUCCCUUUCCCUCAUGGUAUUUGUAGUUCUUUAUGAUAGCCACAUUAGCAUUUUUUUUUUUGGGGGGGGGGGUAAAUACAGACUAAUACAUUGAUAAAAGUCACCUUGUCCGAGACCCUGAUUUAAUGUUUUGAUAACCAUGUAAAUCUCUAAGUCUACAUGAAACACAGCCCUUAUUUGAAGUGUUUCUAAAAUCCCCUGUGGGAAAAAUGAAUGGUGUAAAAACGAUUGGACCCAUUUCCCUGUUUGACUGCUAAGUUUUAUGUGUAUUGUGACUCAUACUCGUAGUCUAUGGAGGACUGCUUUUCUGAGGAGUGCCAAUAUGGCCGACCGGUGGCUUCAAAACCUCAAUCUGGCAAUCUGGGGAUUGGCAAUCUGGGGAUUGGUACAUUCAUUUUGUUGCUGUUUGAAUCCCAGAUUUCCCUUUUAAUAGGAUGUGGUUGAGGUAUGGGAAUGUUUUAGAUAGGUUCAUAGAUAUGCAUGUCCAGUAGAUACUGUACAUCAGGGCUAUUCAACUAGCGGCCCGCGCGCCAGAUCCGGCCCGUUUCUGAAUUUAAACCCUGAACAUUAAUAGAAGAUCAGUAAAAAA